AUGUUCAAGCACAUGCUAUUAUUGCACCGGCCAUCGCUACUUGUGGGUACUGUACGCUCUCUAUCUGCUUGUGACUUGCGUUUGCGAGGUAUACAGUCACUUGUGGAUGCUCUAGUACGCUCUCCAUGUCUUGAGUGUGGUCUUCAGACAUCUGAAUCACGCUCACAGCUCGCGGAUAUUGAGAACAUUUUGGCUCAGCACAAUAAUAAUCGCCGUCGGACGUGGCUAUUGCUUUCUUGCUCUCCAGCGUGUGGAGAUAAGAUAAAAAAGACACAAUCAGAGAUACUGGCAAUCUAUGAAAGUAUGAUUGACGAUAUUGAAUAUGCUACAACGUCUGAUGCAUCCAUUCUCUUCUCAAAAGUCAUACAUUCAAGUCAACGGGAUAGCAAAGAAUGGGAAGAAAAGACGCCAUUGACAUCGUGGAUGGACUAUUUUAAGCUGUAUCGUCCGACUCAACGAUGGCUAGAAGAUCAAAGAGCAUUGAGACUACUAUCUUCGGCCUAUUCCUAUGUCAUGACACUCAAUCGAUAUCUUCCAGAAUUGAUUGAGAUGGACAAUACAGACAGUCGACCAAAACUAAUUGAGCUUCAUGUGAUUGGAGCACGAGCAGAAGCUAUGAUGCCUCGUUAUUUGUGGAAAGAAUUGUCCUGCUUUAAUCCUGGAUGGCAGUUUAAGAUCAAGCUCGUUGGAGAUCAUGUACCAAUAAUGUCGGUGAGGAAAAAGACACAUACAACGAUGGAGAAGACGAACGAGAAGAUCCGGUUGGAAAUGAUCAAUGGACUGUACCACAAGAUUGAGCCAAGUAUGUUGGGGACACCUGAUGCGUUUGUGCUAUAUAAUCCAGGAAUUGGACACCCUCGUCUGCGAAAGAAUUGGGACCUUACUAUUCAGGCUUUGCUUGUCUCGUGCAAGCCAUUGUUGAUCACAUCGUUUAGUCUGGAGGACCAACAACGCGACAUUGCGGCACUACACGAUAUAGUGGCAAGCAGUACAAUGCUGAAACAACAUGAGCUACGAUUUCGUUGUCGACCAAAGCUGAACUCGUUUCGAAGCUUAAAGUAUCAGGUGGAUCCUUCAAAUGUGGGUGUACCCAUUCUGACAAACAACCGUGUCAUGGUAGUGCAGUUGGUUUCGGGUACCGAGGAAAUGUCGUCGAUAUCGUGA